GCUGGCUGGCUGGCUCCGGAUGCUGAAAGCUCCGACCGGGGCGCCUGCCCCACACCCUGCGUGACGCGCGGCAAUUCUCGUAGCCGUGCCCAGGGUAUCGCGCUGAAAAUCCGUUUGAAUGGCCAGAGGAGUAAAUUGCGAACUUGUCACCGGCUACACCAGUUUGAUUCGGAUUGGCGAGUUAUUCUCGGGGUCGACAGGGGGUUUGGAGUCAGAUGCAGGUGGCGCUCUUGUGGCGAGUCUUGGGGGAAUGGUAGCGCCAUUCUCGCUCGGCCUUUUCACUGGAACAGGACGGGGCGGGGCUAGACGCAGUGGACGAGGAUGGCAGAGCAGGGAAGAAGACGUAGUGAUUGCGUGGAGAUGCGGGAGCGAUGAAAAUACCUUGGGGAAGGUAGAUCUGAGUGGUGUGUGCUUUGGCGACUGGAACAGGAAUGAAGUAGAUUUGGUUUGACAUGAGGCUGGCGCACUGGGAGCAACGAGAGUUACGACGGAAGGCGAUUUUGAUGGCGAUGCUGAUGGUCUGUGAGGUCGCCUCAUGCACGGAUUGAUUCCUUACAUGCUUUUGAUGAAAUGGUGAUUCAGACGGACAGUAUGGUGGCGCAGCUGGUGCUGAUGCAAUGCUGGGGAAGCAGUAGUCGACAGACAGGGGUAAUAGCUCGGAGGUUACAGGGAGCAGGGACGAUGGCUGGACUGCGUGUACAGGCUGGAUGUUUUUAGGCUCAGCAGAUUGGGACAGGAUUGCUAGGCCUCGGUGGAAAUUGUUAGUCACAGGCGGACGUGCUUCAACACUAGGCUUUCAUGUCAAGAAACUAUUUAUUGUUGUACGAGAUAAUUCUGCGUUCUUAGCUUGUAAGCUAAAUAGCAACGAGGUUUCAAGGAACAGCGGUUUGAAAUCACUACAGGCUUAGAACUCAAAAAGUCAAGAAAUCGCAGUUUCUUUUGUGUGGAGUGUGAGUUUGCAACUGCAAUAUUGUGGACUUUGGAUAAUCUACUGAGAGUUGCCCCGUACAUCCUAACAUUGGCAAGCGACACUACGGAUGACAGAACAAGUUUUAUAGUUGCAAGAAUCGCAGGGAGCUAUUUGGGUCUAUUGUUUUGGAUUACUUACGUCGGUGCAAUUGCUGAUGCGCACUAGGAUUUCGCUUUGAAUAAUUGAAAAAAAAAAAAAAAAAAAAAAAUUGGGCGGACGCUCAAUGAUCUAGAUUUCAGUGGCUGGAAAGGCGAUUUUAGUUAUAUUCAGGACCUUGGCUAUGGCGUCGAGUGGUACGUUUUUCUCAACCCGCGGUUGCGGUGAGCUCGGUUUACGCCCGCACCAUAGGAUUCUGGCUGGCAAGUGCUGAUAGUUGCGCUUGAACGCUGAAGUUAUGGAUGUGGCAAGAAUGGGGUAUGAGAACGGUUCAUCCACUGUUUUCUCUUCUGUUGAGGGAACGAUGUCUCAUGGCCUGGGAUUGUCCGUUAACUCUUGGUAUGAAGGAAAUGAGACGUUCUAUGAUCCUGAAAAGAGGAUCCCUGGUAUCGAGAGGCCAACGGGACAGGCUUAUAAACAUAUGAAUCAGGGUCACAUGAAUCAUGCGACAGGUUCCAUUGUUAACGAUGCAGUCUCUUCGGCAGGAGUAAGGUUGAGCGAUACACAUUUGGCAUCCAGAAAAGCAGAGGAAGCAGCAUCAAGGAGGCAGCAUGCGAUUUCAUGGUUGCAAGGGAUGGUUGGAAGCUUGGGUUUGUCAAGUGACUCCACAGAAGAAGACUUGAGGCUUUGCUUGAGAAAUGGAAUCAAUCUUUGCAAGCUCAUCAACAAAGUGCAGCCCGGCGCUGUACAGAAGGUGGUGGUAAAUGCGGUUCUUUCUAAUCAUCCUGACGGAGCACAGUCAGCAUUUCAGUAUUUUGAGAACGUUAGGAACUUUCUGGUAGCAAUAGAGGAGAUGGGCUUGCCUUCAUUUGAAGUCUCUGACUUGGAGCAGGGCUCGAUGUCUUCAAGCUCAUCUGCAAAGCUGGUGGACUGUAUAUUGGCGUUGAAAUCGUAUCAUGAUUGGAAGCAGGGCGGUGCUUUGGGAUUUUGGAGGUUAAAAUCCCCUAGCCACCCGCCUGUGAAUAUGAACAAAUCCGUUUCAAAGUCUAGUCACUCUAAGAGUGAUAAUAGGAGUGCCAACGCCGGAAUACAAUGGGCAAUUCCAGAUCUUGAUGGCACUUCAGUGCCUAGUACAUUCAAACAGUCAACGGGCUUUGAAUAUAGCGGCCCCUUUUCAGGGCAUACAGCCUUUACUAGCGAUCCAUCUGGGGAGAAUAACAGUCCAGUCGGAGAUGCUGAGGAGGUGGCUUCUAUUGAUAAUAGCUCAGCAGUUCCCAGUUCUACCUGGUUGCAACACCUCGGAGACAAAUUUCAUGAGGUUCUUCAAGUAAACGCCAAGAGUAUGCAUGGGGUCGCUGAUUCUAUACCAUUUACUACCGAUGACUAUGGUGGAGAACCGACUCCGGCAGUGGAUAAUGCGCCGUCUCAGUCACUACUUAGUCUUAUCAAUGCCAUCUUAUGCGACAAAAGUGGUGAAGAGGUGCCUAUGGCCGCGGAGUUUAUGUUGCACAAAGUCAUGGAGGAAUUCAAGCGACAUCUUGUUACUCAGAGGAAACAAGUCACCAGAAUGAAGAGUUCCAUGAAAGAGAUAAUGGCUCGCGAGUUCAAGCUUGCCUCACAAAAUUCAGUGCUAUUAACAUUGGCUGGUGGAACGCAGGAAGAACUAAAAUUAUACGCUCAAAUGCUGCGCAAGAUCGAGGCAGAAAUAAGGGAGUUGAAAGAAGAUAAGAGAGCGAAGGAAGAGGAAAUAUAUAGUCUCCUGAAAGAGAACGAAAAGCAACAAUCAGCUGUGCAAAUGCUGACGAAUGAGUUGGAUCUCAUCAAGCGCUCUGAUAAACAGCUACAGCAGCGCCUCGAAGAUCAGAAGAAAGAAUUGGAGCAGGGGUAUAAAGAAACUAUCCAGUCGAUGGAGUUACAGCUACAAGGUUCUUAUGAAAAGUUGGAGGUAGCAAGGCUUAAUGCAGCCAAUGAAAUGAGUAGCCUGAGAUUGCAGGAUACUCAAUAUCAAACUUUCCUCUCUAAUCAGCUACUUGAAUGCCGGGAUCUUAGGCUGGCUCAACUGAAUACCAAGGAUGAGGUUUUGAAUAUGCAGACGGAUUGGAAAAAUCAGUUCAUUAUGCUAGAGGAACAACUUCAGAAUAUGGCUCGAGCUGCAUCAGGAUAUCAUAAAGUACUUGCCGAGAAUCGAAUGCUUUACAACGAAGUGCAAGAUCUGAAAGGAAACAUCCGGGUCUAUUGCAGAGUGAGACCUUUCCUAGCAGAAGAAGCUGGGAGAUUAAGUACACUUGACUACAUUGGAGAAAAUGGAGAGUUGAUGUUAGUUAACCCUCUGAAGCCUGGCGCCAAAGACUCGCGAAAGUCUUUCACAUUCAAUAAAUGUUUUCCUCCUACUGCUUCUCAAGAGGAGGUUUUCCUUGAUACCCAGCCAUUGAUUCGGUCUGUAUUGGAUGGAUUCAAUGUAUGCAUCUUUGCCUACGGUCAAACAGGAUCUGGAAAGACCUACACCAUGAGUGGUCCAAACAACAUGACAUCAAUCGAUUGGGGGGUUAAUUAUAGAGCCCUUCAUGAUUUGUUCCACAUAACUCAGAGCAGACAAGAUGUUUUUCGCUAUGAAAUUGGAGUGCAGAUGCUUGAGAUUUACAACGAACAAGUCCGGGAUCUUUUAUCUGUAGACGGUGCUCAGAAGAAGCUUGAGAUUCGGAACAACUCUCAGUUGAAUGGUCUGAAUGUUCCUGAUGCCAGUAGGAUGUCAGUGCGGUCAACAGAGGAUGUGCUGGACCUUAUGAAAGUUGGUCAAAAGAAUAGAGCAGUUGGUGCUACAGCUCUUAAUGAGCGCAGUAGCAGAUCUCAUAGUGUUCUGACAGUGCAUGUGCAUGGCACUGAUCUGGAAUCUGGAGCUGUUCUGAGGGGAUCGCUCCAUCUAGUUGAUCUCGCUGGAAGUGAACGAGUAGACCGGUCUGAAGCUACGGGUGAUAGAUUGAAGGAAGCUCAACAUAUCAACAAAUCUCUCUCAGCCCUGGGCGAUGUUAUAGCUGCAUUGGCACAAAAGAAUGGCCAUGUGCCUUACAGGAACAGCAAGCUUACACAGCUUCUGCAGGAUUCAUUAGGUGGUCAAGCGAAGACAUUGAUGUUUGUACACAUAAGUCCAGAUGUGGAGUCCUUUGGAGAGACUGUUAGCACAUUAAAGUUCGCUGAAAGAGUUUCAACUGUGGAGCUUGGAGCUGCUCGUAGUAACAAGGAAAGUGGAGAAAUUCAAAAUCUUAGAGAGCAGGUCGCUCUGCUUAAAGAAGCUGCUGCAAAGAAAGAUGCUGAAAUUGCGCAACUUCAAGCUUUCAAAGAACGAUGUGAGAGAGGUGAAAGUGGUGUAGGCACGGAGAAGUUGAGGUCCAGGUCACUAAAAUCAUCUGCCCGUGUCCGUCCGAGCACUGAUAUAUCUGUUGCUCUUAAACUGAGGACGGCGCAGAAUGAAAAUGGAAGUGGGACCAUGGAGUCUCGGCCCAUUACGCGUAAGUUACCUAGUCAACCAAAGUCCCCUCUUCGUGAAAGUGCUGGAUUCUGCCAUGAUUCUGAAGUUCCAGCGGAGCUAUUAUUGUCCUCUUCAGUAUGCUCUCCAACGAGUUCUCCUACAGAGCAAGGCCUGAGCUUGUUCGAUGUCAUGGAAGAUGGAGUGAACACUAUAAAUGAGAAGCUUAAAUUCGUGAAACAUCAGCGGAAUGGCUCUGGAACUGGGGUUGGUAGUUGGACUUCUCCGAUUCGCGGUGCAAGAGACAUUGAUAACGGGCAGCUGAAAGCUUCAGAAGGAAGUAAGCACCUUGAAACAAUUCUCGCAAACAACGCUGACUCAAGUUCGUCCUGCUUGGGAAAGGAAGUAUUGGCUAGAGAAUUGCCAGUUGGAUCUCAACAAGGUGCCGAAAACAGUGGAAACCUCUCGCUAGAAGUGGAAAAUCAACGAAUUCAUGCUAAUGGUGGCUCCUUUUAUGAAGGAAAUGGAGAUUUUGAAGGCAUACGCUCAGUGUGUUCCAGUCAGCGGUCGUUGCAGGGUCUGGAAGAGCAGUUUGAAAGUGAUGGAAUUUUUGACCUCCGGGAUGGAUGCGAUGAUAGUUCAAGCUUGUUCUCAGAGAGUGGUCUAUCUGUGGAAGCUGACCUAUCCUCACCUACCCACUUGGACCAAAAUAAGAAGGUCCAGUCAGGCCAUGCGCAGGUUCGCAAUGACAGAAGAGCUUUAACACAGACUCAAGUUCCUCGUCCUCCGAUCAGUAGCACACGGAAAACUUCAUCAACGAUGGAGCGUAAGCCUGUUGGAGCACCAUUGCAUAUACGACCCCGCCGACACACAAAUGUGGGGAUCUCAUCAUCGACUGAGAAACUUGUGUCCAAGCGGAAUGCAUCUAUUGGAGCAGUUUCUAACUCGGAUUUUGAAUUGAAUGGCAACAGAAGAGUAGCAGUUGGUGCCGGGUCCUCAACUUCCUGGAGGUAAUUAAGGCCUUAAAAUCUUCCUUAUCGGGGAGAAUCACACCAGGUUGAAGGUCAUCCAAGCUAUGGAUUUGAACAGUCGUGCUUAAAAUCUCUAUAAGCGCCUGGCAGCUGCUUGGGUGAAGCGUCAUCAAUAGGAAUAUUCCGUACCUUGUAUCAUAAACAGUGCCGUCUUUAGAAUCCUGUAGAUAUCGUAAUGACUAUCAAUGGUUUAUCAUUCAACUUACCACGAGGCUUGGUAACAGGCUCACAAUCGUAGAAGCCAUUGUAUUCCAUUGAUAUGAAGAGUGGCUCUUACCUGAAACAUAUCAGGAAGGCUGUGAACCAGUAAGCUGUUGCUAGCAUUUGUCAUCUGAUUGUAUUGAUGAUUCCAUCGUAGACCUUUUUGAUUGCAAGACGAUUAGUUACGUUUGAAAACAUUUGGGCUAAACUGAUCUCUAAGCCCUGGUAGGACUGCUUGAGUAACAGCAAUUAUUGUGUAUUUUUCUGCACAUCCCAAAUCAAUCAGUGUGGUGUACACCAGCAUUUGAAACGCAA